AAAUCAUUCUGACAUCGUCAGCGUUUCAAGCAACACCCAGCAUAGCACACACACACACACGCUUUUCCAUUUCAAAUUCAAAAAUGUGCCAACAAGUCGCCAUCAGCAACAACGACAACAACAACAACAAAAUGAAGAACAGCUACAGCAUUAAGCAAGUCUUGAAGACGCUCUUCAAGAAGCAGCAAAAGCAACAACAACAGAAACAUCAUCGUCAGAACUCAUUGGAAUCGCUCGAAUCGGUGGACAAUUUGCGCAAUGCCGAGGUCGAGGAGGUCUACUAUGCCGAAAUCGACGAGAAUGCCGCCAACGAGAAGCUCGCCCAAUUGGUGCAAGAGCAAGAGCUUGACACCGAGGAGGACAUCUAUGUUCCCGUACGCUUUGCACGCACCGAGGCCGGCACCUUCUUCUGGACCACAAAUCUGCAGCCGGUUGCCAGCAUCGAUGCUGAUCUGCUGCAGCCCGCCUACUGCUACUCCAGCCAACAGCAUCCGUUUAUGCAGUAUCAGGAUCGUUGGGCGCAGGCUUAAGUCCAAUACUCAAGCCCCAUCCUCAAACAUCAACAAGCUUUAAAUGCAUACAACAUUGUGAUAGCAGUGGCAGCAGCAGCAGCCGUACUUAAUUUUAACUCAAACUCAACUCAGCGAUCCCAGCGCUUCCAUUAGUUCUUAAGACAUUGUGAUAGAAAAUGAGAGCUUUACAAACAAUUACUAUAACAAAACGAUAUUUUACAAAAUACAAAAAAA